AUGUCCUGCUACAACUCGUGCCUGCCCUGUCGGCCCUGCGGCCCAACCCCACUGGCCAACAGCUGCAAUGAGCCCUGUGUCCAGCAGUGCCAGGACUCCAGAGUCGUCAUCCAGCCUUCUCCCGUGGUGGUGACCCUGCCCGGACCCAUCCUCAGCUCCUUCCCACAGAACACCGCUGUGGGCAACUCCACCUCUGCUGCCGUUGGCAGCAUCCUGAGCUCGGAGGGAGAGUCCAACCAAUUCUCCGGCAUCAGCGGCCUCAACUGUGGCAGGAGGUGCCUCCCCUGCUAA